UUGGGUUCAUGGCAUUGUGAGUGAAGCCGCUGUGGAUUUCGUCUCCCAAGUCCUAAUCCAACGCAUACUCACAGAUCAUCGGCCACCCACCGCCGGACCUAAAUCCGUCGCCGGCUCACCUUCCGUUUCUCCCAAAUCAAAUCCGCCGGAGCCGCUUUAGCUCACCGAUUCGCAGAUUCGAGGCGGGGAAUGGACGUAAAUUUCACGUUUCAUGUGUCGUUGCUAACAUGCACCGCCUAAUCACGUUGAGGUUUCGGAGCUUCUGAAUCGGGGCUUUGUUUUUGGAAGACGACGAGCUGAUAGAUAACGGAGAACAGGUAGCCAGAGAGAGAGAGAGAGAGAGAGAUGUCGAAUCAAGUUGUGAAAGUGAGGAGAGAGACGAUUGGGGCAUGCAUGACAUGUCCUCUUUGCAAUAAGCUCUUCAGAGAUGCUACUACUAUUUCGGAAUGCCUUCAUACAUUUUGCAGGAGAUGCAUUUAUAAGAAGCUCUCAGACGAGGAGACGGAAUGUUGCCCAAUAUGUAACAUUGAUUUAGGCUGUGUCCCACUUGAGAAACUGAGGGCAGAUCAUAAUUUGCAAGACGUAAGGGCAAAGAUUUUCCCGUAUAAGAGGCGAAAAGUGAUGGCACCUGAAGUUGUGCCUUCAGUUAUGUUACCAGUGAAGAGAAAGGAGCGAUCACUUUCUUCAUUAGUGGUAAAUACCCCCAGAGUGUCAACACAAUCUGGAAUGACUGGAAGAAGAUCAAAAUCUGUCGCUAGAAAAUCAUUACGUGGUUCCAGUUUUUCUAUUGAGAAACCUAUGAAGAAAGAGGAUGCUGAUAUUGAAGAUCAACCUGAAAGCUCUAACUCACCUGAGACCCUGAACAAAUUUACCCAGAAUGUAAGACAGAACACUUCCAAUGCUGAGCCAUCAAGCCUUGCAUCUCUUAAAGGAACAGAUAAUGGCAUUGAACAGUGGGAUGGGAAAGUUGAUUUAUGGAAACCUUUAAAUUGUUUGGUGGAAGCUGCAAACCGGAGCAAGUCUUCAAGGUUUACGUCACAAGGUUCUGCUGCAAAACCUGAACCUCCACAUGCCUCUGACAAUGAUGGACAUGUCCGAAAAUCUAAGGUCAAAGAGCAGGGACAGAAAUUUAAAGUUCAAUAUGGAAAGAGUAACGAUGAUCCUAACCCUCCUGAAUCAGAAAAGCCUAAAAAGUUACGAAGGAUUCGAAAGAAGGAACCAACUUUUGGGAAUUUGAGUAUUUCACCACAAGCUGUGCUUGAUGCUGUUAGCACUAAAUGUGAAAGAAGGAUCAGUCCGAUUUGGUUCUCAUUAGUGGCCUCUGAAGAUCAGAAUGGAGAUGAACCGUUGCCCCAGAUUUCUGCUAGUUACUUGAGAAUCAAGGAUGGGAACAUUCCAGUUUCAUUCAUUCAAAAGUACCUGAUGAGGAAAUUGGAUCUUACAAGUGAGGAUGAGGUUGAAAUCAGAUGUAUGGGGCAGGCGAUAGUACCUACAUUGCAGCUUAAUAACUUGGUCGAUUCUUGGCUUCAAAUGACCUCCUCCUCAGAAAGGGUACCAGUUGCAAUUGGUUCAUCAGCCAAGGAUUUCGUGAUGGUGUUGUAUUAUGGUCGUAAAGCUCCAGCUUCUUAGCCUCUUCUUUCCCCAGUCCCCAGUCCUAUACAAUGUUCAAGUUCAAAACAAGGUACCCUAUAGAGUGUUUCUCAUUACCCUACAAUAGGCGUCGGGACAGAUUGGUUACAUCAACCAGCCACAUGGCCAGGGACCUCUGAUAUCUGAAGUUCUCAUGUAAUUCAGAUUGGUUAUAAAAGUCCCCUCGUGUGUUUUUAUACUGUGUUGUAUUAUGAUUUUUCAGAUUCUAGAGUAAUAAACA